ACAUUUGAUUCAAUUUACAAUAAAAUCAAAUAGAAUUGCAAACGUAACAAUAUGUUUAUUGACCUUGUGACUAUCAAUUUUUUUUUCUACUAUGACCAAUGUUAUGGGUGUAUGGACAAAUUUUAUUGAUCCUUACCGACGGAGCACAACGCAAUAACUUUCAGUAUCAUAAUAAUCAUAGUUCUUCCGUUUCGAUAACAAUUGACAAGACAUAACAUACAUUAGUGGAUAAGAACGUGUUCGGUGGAAAAUAAAUAAAUCGAUCCAUUCGCCUAGCAAAAGAAUCAUGGGUUCAGUUUCCAGCGCCAAAAGAGUCAUGGCUGAGAGCAAAAAAGAAUGGGUUGCUCAAACUAUCAACUCCGACACUGUAGUCAUCUUUUCCAAGACCUAUUGUCCUUAUUGCAAAAUGGCGAAGGAGGUCUUUGAGAAGCUUAAACAAGGGUACGGGGUAAUUGAAUUGGACGAAAGAGAUGAUGCUGACGAGGUUCAGGAUAUCUUAGGAGAACUCACAGGUGCUAGAAGUGUACCCAGGGUAUUCAUUAAAGGCGAAUUCAUCGGCGGUGGAACCGACGUCCAAAAGAUGUAUCAAUCCGGAGAGCUAGUUAAAAAAUUAAUAUAAUUGCAAAGGCUCCUUGAUCAUGUCUGAUAUUGAAAAUAAUAUUUAUCAGUUAAAUCAAAUUUCUAUAUUCGCAUAUUAACUAAUUAUGUCACUAAUGAAUUAAUGAAUUCAAAGUUAUGGAUAUUUAAACACUUGAUGAAUGAGUCCGUUGUAAAUAAUGGAGCACAACAAAAACAAAACGCAAAUAUAAUACUUAUAUGCUUAAAAAUUACAAAUAUACUACGAAAUAUGUGCAUA